AUGGAGUGGUGCAUACUCAAAAAAUUUGACUUGAGGCAGCCUUUUACCAGGCAAGAUUUGGUGCAGUCCAUUAGUCUACCAUACAGAUAUCAAUUUCCUGAUAUCUUCAAGAAGGUCUGUGACCACCUGGAGGUGGUCUUUGCAGUGGAAGUGAGAGAAGUUGAGUCCACUCUUCACUCCUACAACUUUUUCAGCAUGCUGAGCCUCGCCAACAAUGGGAGGAUUCGCCCUAGCAGGGGCUGUCACAAGACUGGAUUUCUGGUAAAAAUCCUCUCUGUGCUCAUCAUAAAGGACUACUGUGUUGCUGGAGAAGAGAUCUGGAAAUUCCUGAAAAGGAUGCAAGUGUAUCCCGGCAAGAAGCACGACAUUUUUGGAGGGUCCAAGAGGCUCCUCACACAAGAUUUUGUGAGACUAAAAUACCUGGAGUAUACGCAGGUGCCUGGCAGUGUUCCUCCAUGCUAUGAGUUCCUGUGUGGUCCUGAAGCCAGUGCAGAGACCACCAAGGAGAAAAUCAUGAAAUUUUUGACCAGGAUGAAUAAGAAUUGCCCUAGCUACUUCUCACGUUUUUAUGAAGACUUUGGAAGAGAGGUGGUUGUAAAACUCCAAAUGGUGCUUUCAGCCAAACCAAUCCCUGUUAUCAAAACUCGGCCAAUUGCCUCAGCUACUUAUUAUGCUACCGGUUUCCAGCCCUUUGAUAUCUGA